AUGGAACGCCCGAAGAAAAGUUCAAAAAUCAAACAAGAUCCGACUGAUGAUAUGGAGGGUAGUGCACAUUCAACACCACAGCCAUCCAAACCAGAAAGUCAAGGAAUCCCAUGUGGAUAUUGCUCUACUGUAUGCUCAUCAAUCAAGCACCUCCAAAUGCACACACUCAAUGAUCAUUUUGACCUGAAAGAGUCAGCCUUCCAUUUCGAUCAGCAGUCUACAUGUCAGGCGUGUGGAAAGACAUUCGCGAACUUUGCACAGUUUGCGACUCAUAUGAAAUCACAUAGCCCCAGUUUAUGCGAAACCUCACCUGAAUUCUUUCAAUGCCCAAUUUGCUCACAAGACACUACGUGGAGAACCAAAAAGUGUCACAUGGAGCAUCUCACCUUUGAUCAUUUUCAAAUCAAAACGGUUCAACUCAUAUGCGCCGCAUGUAAUGCAGUGUACUCCACUGAUGAAGAAUUUUCCAACCACUUCAUCGAGAUUCACAAGAAAUUUAAAUGUGCAUCAUGUGACUUUGAGGGCGCGAACAAGUCUGAUUUUCAGACACAUGCCGAAAACCACUGUAAAAAAACAGACACGCUAGAAUGCGUCUUGUGCAGAGCCAAAUUUUCAAAUCAACAGAACUUGGUCCAUCAUGUUCAACUGGCGCAUCUUGAGGUUCUCGAGCCGCUUGUGACUGUCAGCCCUAUUCUACCAGCUCCCAAACCUCCACGCAAGUUACGCAAGAUUCAAUGUUCUAUUUGUGGGGACAUGCUGCUUGGUGAAGACAAACUGGAAAGUCACAAGCUCCAAAUGCAUUGCAAAAUUCGAUAUGCUGAGAAGUGUGCGGGGUGCCAAGAGCUGCUGAUUAAUAAGAAUACUUUUAUGAAGCACUGCAUCAAACACUCUAGAAAUGAAAGGAUUUAUUGUCCAGUAUGCAGUCAAUUUAUGACAACUGACAGACAAGUUCGUGCACACUGUGCGUUCCAUAUGCCUCCAGUGAGUCCGCCAGAGUCAUCUGAUUCCGCGACGACUUCUGCAUCUGCAUCGUCGGAUGAAACAGAAAAAGAGUUCGUGUGUCAGAUAUGCGGAGAGAAAAUCCCGGAUUUCUUGUUGUUCGUGGAACACUCCGCUCAUCAUAAUCUCAUCGCAAAAGAUUGA